CGUGCCAUAACCUUGAAGGGACCGAGAGAGAGAGAGAGAAAAAAAGAGACAAAUAUGGUAGUUUCGAUUUUCGAGUGAUAUCCGUCGUGGGUAUCAUAGUGUCGUUCUUUAUGACCUUCGGGAACAACCUCCCAGCGCCAUGGCUAAUAUGGCACUAAGCGGAGCCGCCAGCUCCCUGACGCCUCCAGUAGGCACCCACACGGUGGGCGACGAGGCGAAGGGGGGCGGCGCCCUCGUCUCCUCCCCCUCGCGAAGGAAUCAGAAGAACGUGAGGUCCCGCGUCAGGCGAGUCAGAGGCUCCAACCAGAAGAUCCCGAGGGAGAGGCCGGACCGGGUGCGAGGGCAGACUUCCCUCGAGGACAGACCGCCGCACCAUAAGGAUUACUUGGCCGAGCAGAGGGCCAGGAGGCUGCAGCGCCAGAAGACUAAGGGCAAAGCUGAGGGCAGGCCGGCCGUGAGACGGGCGGGGAAGAGGCUUAUCGACGACGAGGCGGAUGGCAUAAGAGCCCGGAAUAACACGAGUGAGGAUAGUGGGAGGGGCGCCUCCGCCGGCAGCAGUGGGAGUAAAGAUGAGGGGAUUCACAGCACUGGGGAGAAGGACGAGGAGCUGGAGCUAGCUGACGACAAGGAUGCCAGUAUAGCAGCGGAGGAGAAGGUGGAGGACGACGAUGAGGGGCACGGCAGCAUUAACGGCGACGAGGAAGGGGUGGAUGCCUCUCCUGUAGGGGACGCCGAGGCUGACGACGAGGCCAGUGACAAAGAAAUGCAACCCGUAGACGACAACGGCUACGUCGGCGACAUGGACGAGCCGAACUCCCUGGCGACCUCCACCGACGCAGGUCUUGCGACGUCUGAGGCUGAAGUUGAUGUAGAAGCACCUGAAGCAGAAGACGCUGCUGAGGCUAAGGAUGAAGAUAACGCAGAGCCAGGUGAGCCUGGUGAAGAGGCAGAAGCCGAGGCUGAGGCGGAGCCCGAGGUAGAAGCAGCAGAAGCCGAGGCUGACCCAGAGGCAGAAGCCGAGGCCGAGCCAGAGGCAGAGGCAGCAGAAGCCGAGGCUGAGCCCGAGGUAGAAGCAGCAGAAGCCGAGGCUGAGCCAGAGGCAGAAGCCGAGGCCGAGCCAGAGGCAGAGGCAGCAGAAGCCGAGGCUGAGGCUGAGCCAGAGGCAGAAGCCGAGGCUGAGCCAGAGGCUGAGGUAGCAGAUGCCGAGCCAGAGGCAGAAGCCGAGGCUGAGGCCGAGCCCGAGGUAGAAGCAGCAGAAGCCGAGGCUGAGCCAGAGGCAGAAGCCGAGGCUGAGGCUGAGCCAGAGGCAGAGGCAGCAGAAGCCGAGGCCGAGCCAGAGGCAGAAGCCGAGGCUGAGGCUGAGCCAGAGGCAGAGGUAGCAGAAGCCGAGGCAGAGCCAGAGGCAGAAGCUGAGCCCGAGGUAGAGGCAGCAGAAGCGGAGGCUGAAGCAGAGGCCGAGCCAGAGGCAGAGGCAGCAGAAGCCGAGGCCGAGCCAGAGGCAGAGGCAGCAGAUGCCGAACCAGAGGCAGAGGCUGAAGCUGAGCCAGAGGCAGAGGCAGCAGAAACCGAGGCUGAGCCAGCGGCAGAAGCUGACGCUGAACCGGAGGCAGAAGCCGAGCCAGAGGCUGAGGUUGAGGCAGCAGAAGCCGAGGCUGAGGGUGAGCCAGAGGCAGAAGCUGCUGAAGAACCAGGUGAAGUUGCUGCUGAAGAGGCUCCAGCAGAAGUCGAGGAAGCAGCCGAAGCGAAAGCCGAAGAGGAGGCGGGAGAUGCGGAAGACAACAAAGAGCAAGAGGAAGAGAUACAAGAGGUUCCUGCCAUUGCCAGAAUUCCCGGGAGACUAAGAAAGAAAGGUGCCCAAGGCAAAGAGACGCAGAAGAAGCUCGUCCAGAGAAAGCCCUUCGAUAUGGACAAGGUGAAAUCAAACCGCAAGCCCAUCUCUUAUAGAUCAGGCCCCAUACAAACAUCUAGUCGUCCCGAUGCGAACAGACCCACAAUUCUCAAACGUCCGAAGAGAGUCUUCAAAGCCAAAUCCAUCACUAAACCUGACACGGCGCCCCCGUCAGAGGACGUCAUCAAAGAAGUAGACGAAUCGCAGGAGGAUGCCGAAUCCCAGGCCAGCCAGGAGGACCAUCCGGGCUCCACGGCCGACUCAGAACCGCAGGACAUGCCGCCUGUGACCAUCAGCAAACUAGGAGAAGACGAGUUACUGGGAGCACUUGACACCGCGAGAUCUUUUGCUCAGGUGUCCCAAGAUGGCUCGCAAGCAGACUCUCUGGCAGAUUCGAAUUUCCAAGACAUCAGCAGACCGAGAACGGCCGGGAAGAAGUACCGCGUCCAAAUCGCCACCAGGGGGACAGCCGAGAAGACACCGAGGAAGUCCUUAGGAUCCCAGGGGGGUAAGAAAACACCGGCUACGACGGAGGUGUGGGUGCCGGAAGAGGAUAAACUCUACGUCUACAGCUACAGCUCUCAACCUAGGUUACUUCAUGUCAGGAGAGUUGGUCCCAGAGUAGCGACUACAGACAAAUGGGACAUGGAUCCUAAUUCGUCAUUCAGGUUAAAAAUGAGGGGCAGUGGAAACCCAAUGUACGACCGUCGGGUCGUCAGGGGCUCGAACUAUGCCAAACGGAUGAGCGAUGACCACCCGAAAUGGAAUCCCUACUUCUCCAAUGCCCGGUCACUCUCUCCGACCCAUGUAAGUGACAGCUUGAGCGACACAAUGACCGCCGAGUUGUCCCACUCCAUGCAGCUGCGCCGUCAGGAGUUCCGGCAGAAGUUGGAGGCGAGGGCACGCCAACGGCGGGAGAACCACGGGAUAUCCUCGCUCUAUCCUUCAGGGACGCAGGGAUACCGGAGCUACGGGAGGCACAACGUGCAUGUCCAGACGGAGAAUUAUUACGAACCGCUGGAACGUCCCCCUGGGGCUGAAACAGGGGUUCAGACGGAUACCUGGACGGAGGAAGGGGGCUUUGUGGUUCCUGUCAUAGCCCCCACGGAGCCCGGAGUCGAUGGGGCGACUCAGGUCUACGAAACAGAGCUCGACGCGGAGACGGACGACGACGCCCUCGUGGCUGUGCUAGUGGGCCAGACCAUACGGGAGGCGGUGCUGGAGGUGGCCCACGAGGAACAGGCGGAACAGACCCGAAUUAACAGCCUGGCAGCCGACUCCAUCUCCUCCUUCCUCAAGAUGAUUCAAGACGGAAACCUGGGAUAUUAUCAGAUCGGUGUAAUGCCUGAGGCCAACUCGGCUGAAGAGGAACCUGCGAAAGGCGGCGAAGAGGAAGAGGAAGAGGACGAAGGAGAAUCCGCCGCCCCUGAGGAACGCGAGGAACCCGAAGGGAAGGAGCAGACUCCUGACGAAGAGGAGGCCCCCAGGAUGGAGGAAGUCACCUCUCCCGAUCCCAAAGAUGAGGUGAAUGACAUCACGGGAGGGGAGGAAGCGCAGCCCGUCGAAGUUGAAGCUUAAUAAACUUCUGACUGACAUCUCCCGAAAGAACGGGAUCUCUGCUGUCGAUAUUAUUUUCUAGCUGUCAUACUUUCAUUUUUAAAUGAUCGAUUCUCCAACUCUCCAUUUUAAGAUGUAUCGCGUAAAUGUCCCCACAAUACAAUGUCGAGGAAUCUUAUAAACAUUUCUCCCCGUUAAAUAUUGUCAUCGUUUUGUUGAUCAGUGUAGUUCCUCGUUUGACGAGUGGUUUACGUGUUCGCCUACCAAUUCAGUAGUCCGAGCUCGAUUCCCCGCUCUGCCAGCGUGGAAUUAGAGGAAUUUGUUACUGGUGAUUAGUAAUUGAUUUCUUGAAAUAAUGUGGUUUGGAUCCCACAAUAAGCUGUAGGUGCUGGGUAACCAAUUGGUUCCUAGCCACGUAAAAAUAUCUAAUCCUUUGGGCCAGCCCUAGAACAGCAGUUAAAUCAGCUCAGUGGUCUGGUUCAACUAAGAUAUACUUUUUUUUCUCCCUUAAAAGUUGUCCAUCAUUUUCGCUGAUCAGCGUUUAUCAUUUCAUUUGUUAUCCACGUCUUUUGGAGAAGAGAGAAGCAGUCAGACGACCAAGCGAUAUGUAUAGAGUCAGUUACAAAAUAGCCACAGUUAGUCAGUCCAGUCAGUCAGUCAGUCAGUCGAGAAGGCGUUUAGCUCGAAUUUUGUAUUUCAUAUCCUGUCAUGGUUACGAUAGGGUUAGCCAAUGUCAAGGUACACAACGACCAAAGGGAAGAUUUUUUUACCAAUAUUUGGUACUUGUCAACUGUGCAAAGCUGUCUAAAAUAGUCGCGGGGCUAAGAAACCCCCUUGACGUAUGACGCAGUUUCCCCCUUUUUUUAAAAAUUAAGUUCUGAAAGGACCUUAGCUGAAGCAUUUCGUACGGAGGGGAAAGAACUUAUUGACAUGAUGUAUAUUGUGGUAGUUUUCACUUAGGUUAAUUUUAGUAUUAUGUAUAUAAAGGGUUUGUAAUUAGUGAAAUAUAUACAAACAUAUAUUUUGAUAUGGUGCAUUUCGACUUAUCAUGAUCACGGAAUCAGCUUUUGUGAGUAGUAAUAGAAGAGAGAGACGGGAACCCCUUCUCGCACAUAUACAUACAAAUAAUGGACGGUGACGUAGCUAUGACGUCACUAUAUAACACCUGUUGUGACGUCACUGAAGAUGACGCUGCACGAUGACGUCAUUGAGGAACGCUACAUGAAGAAAGCGAGCUGUCAAGAAUAUGUACGCAGCCAUCAUCCUUAACCCAUCUUUUCCUGUGUCCGUUAAAGCAUUUGGAUUUCAUGCUACGCUUGAGCGCUUGAGGAAGCAAAGACGGAAGUGAAGAACAAGGUGAUGGAAAAAGGGCGGGAAAAGUAUACCACACUCGCGGCAGAAAAAGUUAAGGGAGCUCGAGUCGCCUAAUUUCCUUUGAAAAUACGAGUUUCCGGCGUAAUUCUGCCACGCUGACGUUCAACAGUGACCCGGUAAUACGUCUGGAAGGUUUUAAUGUCGAACGGAAUUAACCCUGAUGUAUUUUAACU